CUCCCAAACAUUUCAGUGACAGUAGCAGAUCAGAAUCAUUCUGUAGACAGCCGUAGAAGUCAGGGAGGGAGUGCAUGUGCUUUUGUUGUGAAUUUUCCGAGGAUUUUGUAUGUGACAAUGUGUUGAAUAUACUGUACAAAAGAGUAUAGGCUUAUUUGGAGAUUUAUGUCUGAUCAGGCAUGUUUUGACACCAAAGUUGCAGGCAGAGUGCUAAAGUUGUGUGUUAUGGAGAUAUCAGAAACAAUAUGCUCUUCUUAAUGAAGCUGAUAAUAGGAUGUAAUUAGAAUCAGAGAGCACCUGUUUUAUAUUCCUUCUGAGAGCACACUGGAGGGGAGAGGUUUACCAGUCUCUCUCAGAAGAUGAAGGGGAUACUUUGAUGGCACUAAAAGUUUAGGUGCUUCUGAUUAUAUUAAGAAGUUGGAAGAACAUUUAGUUGUUUUUACACAGAAAAAUUAUGUAUCUAUUAAAGAAAAACAAAUUUUCAGCCAAGAUGAAUCUGACAGUUGAAAUAAUUCUUUGACUUGGAAAUCAUAUGUCUGUUGAAUAAAAAAGUCUUUAUCUUUCAGUAACUUAGAUAUUUCCAUUAAAUUUGUUGAUAAAUUCACAGAUCUGGAUCUUAUAGAUUUACGCUUUUACAGUGGAGUAGAUCUGUUUCUGACAUCACACAACCAUUUCCCGUAGCUGUUGUUUUUAUAUGUUUUAACCCUGCUGCCGUUUGAUUGCUCCGUGUACCUGUGUAUUCUGGGAAGGGGUGUCCAAGAGAGGGCGAUAAGUCAGAUCAUGUAUCAGCCUUUAUACUGCAGUAUUAACUCUCUUGAUGAAUCUUUCUCCAGAUUGAUCUGAAAAACUGUGUGAUGAUAGAGGAGAUUACAAUCUAUCAAUGCUUAAAUUUAUAGCUGCAGCAGUUAUUCUUAACUCCCAAAUGAAACUAUGCUGUGAGGAGAAGCAUUCUGUGACUUGAAAAACAGAAUCUGUGCUCAAAGAUUUCAAAAGCAAUUUUAGAGAAAAACUUAAGGAUUAUAAUUAAAAGAAGAUAUUAUUGGAAGCCUACUGUUCCGAAGGUGUUGCAUGGUUAUCUUUUAGGAGUUUGGAUUAUACAUUUGAAGAUAGCAUCGAUUAUCAUGGCCUUUAUCUUUGGGGGAGAGAAAUAUGGAUGAUGGUAUUGCACAGCUACACAGUUAGUGUUUAUAUUACUACCUGACUACACACUCCAUGAAAAAGAGAAUAUCUUAUGCACCUUAUAGACUCAUUAUGUAAGAGGCAGACAGCAGGAGAAACCAAUUCAAUCUGUUGUUUUUGCUAAAGGAUACUGAUAUAUUUUUGUGGGGAAUUAUUAUCUCUGGAAUUUGGUGCGUGCGUAUUUCUCCGUAAUACAAACAUUUCCAAUGAAAAUCAUGUCCUGGAUGUCCUCUUUUGUUUCUGGUUCAGAUUCCACCAGAAACCGACCCCCCACUCCAGACUUUCCUGUGGUGUUACCACCAAACUUAUCUGGACCGAGCAGUCUUUCCACCCACCAAAAUGACCGGCAGCAUGUAUCGGCACCGAGCACCCCCACGGAGACCAACUCCCUGACUAGACAGAACUCCCUCCCUCCUACCCAGGGACCCGGACCCAAUGUCAUAUCUGUCAAUAGACAGAACACCAUUCCAAGAACAAAUCAGAGACCAGUGCUACAGAACGGUAUCAUCAGGGUGCGUGGAAGAUCGUCCACCCCAGACAGAGUGCCCCCGGGGAUUCCUCCCACCCCCGUCACUCCACCCCCGGGGUAUGCCCCGUCACACAUCAUGCAGGUAGUACCACCCUCCCCACGGGCAGUAAGGAGAGGGAUUAAGGUGCUGCCUGGCAGCCCGGGGAUAGGGAGACGCCCCCCUACACCUGAUGAGUCAGUCAUACAGGACCUUUCGUGGCUUGAGCAUCACUCAGUGUGGACAGACAGGCAAGAUUAUAAAAAGGAACAGCCCAUCUUCACAACGAAAGCACAUGUAUUCCAGAUAGAUCCGGACACUAAGAAGAACUGGAUCCCGGCCAGUAAGAGUGCUGCCAGUGUUUCGUAUUACUAUGACACGACGCGGAAUACUUAUCGCAUCAUCAGUGUGGACGGAUCCAAGGCCAUCGUCAACAGCACCAUCACUCCCGGGAUGACCUUCACCAAGACGUCCCAGAAGUUUGGUCAGUGGUCGGACCCGCGGGCUAACACGGUGUAUGGUCUGGGGUUUCCCUCCGAGCUGGAGCUACAGAAGUUUAUUGAAAAAUUCAAAGAGGUGAAGGAGAUGACGCGUCAGGUGGUUAGCCAGACCCCGCCCACUCCCCCACCAGCCAAUCAGAACUCUACCUCACAGGUGAACGGGAAUGAGGAGUCACACCCCUCCUCCUCCUCCAAGCACGCAAAUUCCUCUCAACCAAGACAAUUCUUGCAUCACAGAAGCUCUAGUUUGUCUGCCAUGCAGGGCUCGGAGACAUCUAAACAGGAUGUCAAUCUGAGAGAGAGGAGGAAUUCCUUCAACACCCCGGGUUCCCCUAACAAUAGUUCUAACAACGCCUCAGAAAGUCAACUCAAAUACGAAAACGACCGACUGAAGCUAGCACUGGCUCAGAGUUCUACUAAUGCCAAGAAAUGGGAGGUAGAGUUACAGACCCUGAAGAACAACAACGCUCGGCUGACAGCAGCACUUCAAGAGAGCACCACUAAUGUGGAGGAGUGGAAAAAACAGCUGGCCGCGUACAAGGAAGAGAGUGCCAAAAUGAAGAAAAAGAUUGUGGAAUUGGAGAAGAGACAAAGUGGAUCAGAACAGGUGGCGGCCUUACAGACGGAGUUACAGCAGCUGACAGAGAGGCUGGAGAGAGUCCAGCUGGAUAACCAGGACAAACAGGAUGAAAUUAAUCAACUCAGUCUCCGACUUAGUGAGCUAUCAGCCAGAGAAACACAAAGUUCUACACUGCAAAACAGAUGCAAGAAAUUAGAAGAAGAGAAUGAACAUUUAACAUUAAAGGUGGAAGAUCUUCAGAGACAAUUGACGGAGAGAAACAUGUCACAUGAUCAAGAAAGUUCCGAGCUACUUCGUCUGGAAGAUCAACUCGGCAGUAAAGUGACAGAACUGUAUGAAAUCCACGAGCAAAUUGUUUCACUUAUACGAAAGGAAUCUCACAGCUGAUAGCUGCUUGUCUCCCUUAGCCAUUAUCCAUUAAGAAUUGACACAGAUUUGACCAUUAUCCUGGAUGAACUGCUCCUCCGUACGUAUUUCGAUGAUAUUGACCAAAGGAGCUCAUGUUGUAGGAGCGUAUUUUUUUUUACUGUGGGAAUGAACUGAAGGUCUGAGUUAUAGUUCUUUGUUUUGACUUUCUUUUUGAGAAGAUUUUUUUUGUUGAAUAACUGAUAUAAAUCUAUCCUUCACUGUAUGUUUACAAUCAAAUUUUUGCUGUGUAAGUGAGACUGACAAACCUAAAACACAGUUUUACUAUGUAAUUUAUUAACAUUUUAUAUAAAUAACCUGUUCAACCUAUUUUAAUUUUUAUUGAAAGAUCUGUUUGAAAUGAUGUUAUCGAUUGAAAAAAAAGUUUGAAUCUUAUAUGUGUUUUUAUCAGAUCAUUUGGUUGUUUUUAAUAUUUGUCAGCCAGUGUGUAUAAAAGGCUUUUUUCCUGGCAAGCUAAGCGGUUGUGUGUUGUUAGAUGCUUCGUUGAUUGUAUGGUUGUGUUGUAUUCUGUAUUGCCGCAUUGUAUAUUAAGGGCAGCAGUGCAAGUAAUUUUGUAUUUUAUCUUUUAUCCAGCCAGAUUUUUAACCAGUGUUGUGAGUCAAGAUUUAUGGAAUUUUUGACUGGAAAUCACUGAUUUCCACAGGUGCUUGCUUAUACAUUGUCUGUAAACGUCCAUUACAAUUAUUUUAGAUCUGGUUGCUGUGUUCUUUGUUUUCUGGAUCUGUGGCACAAUUUAAAUGUGAACAAAUGAUUUUAAUUUUUUUGUGUACUUAAAUUUAAGUAACUGUAGUCUUCUCAUUUCCCUAAAAAUGAACAAUUGAGCAUACUGCUUCAUCGGGAGAGAAAAAAAUGCUAUGCAAGUCACUUGAUCAAUAUACUGAUGUUUUGAUUUCAUAUAUACCAACAUUGGUGCCUUCUUUAUUUUAUUAAGUUUUUAACCUUAAAUCACUUAAUUAGAGAAUAUCAACAUUUUAUCACAUUUGUAAUCCGUCCAAAAUAUUUUUAAUAACGGUGGCUUGCUAAUGAAGGUGAAGGGUUUAUAUAACUUGGAUUAAAUAACAGACACUAUAUGAAUUUCAAUAGGUGUGCUAAUUAACCGUUUGUUCACUGUUGUAGAUCUGUAGCAUUCAAACCAAAGGUUAAUGUUAGAUGAAACUCAUUUUCGCUUCUCUGAAAUGCACUUUUGUACAGUGUUCAGUAAAAUUGCUUCUGCUGGAACAAUUGUCAUAGUGCUAGAACUGGUCUCAACAUUUUGUGAGCAUUAACUACAGGCUUGUAUUCACAUAUCACACAUGUAAACUGUAUCAAACUGUAAUACUUAAGUAAUAAUCCUAGGUUAUUGAUGUUUCAUUUUAUGCACAACUCUGUUCCUUUGAUAGGUUAAAUAGUGAAAACCAAAGAUAACAAAAGAAAAAAAAUACCUGUUGAUAUUAAUAAAGACAAUUGUAGAUAAAAUUAUGUCAGUAGUUGUUCUGGAUCAAUUAAGGGAGUGGUCAUUUUACUCAGGGAGAAUCAAGAAAGUUCAAAUUAAGAUGAUACAGGAUUGCCUGACAAUGCUACUGUAAAAUGAGCAAGGACAUUUGAAUUAACUGGAAAUUACCUUCAAAAUCUUUUGAAGGUUUGAUGCCUGUGACCUUAAAUUUUUACCCAAUGUCAGCUUUCAAGGUUAUGUAUUUAGUUGCCUUGUUAAUUGUCAUUAUUAUUUCAUUAAAAAGUUGUUCUACUUAUUAAUUUCCCAUCAUUCUAAUGUAUGCAAUAUUUAUAUACACAUGUACUAUAUGAAAUAUAUACUCAUUAAUGAAAUGAAUAAAAUGAAAUAAAAUCCACAA